AUGUGGGUCAGGACGACACUGACGAUGAAAAGGUGGACUAAGGAAAAGGCUAAGGACAAUACCAGAGCCUGGGAUGAGAACAGCACUGAUGUAAACAGGUUACCCAGCUGGGAGAGACGACACCUGCUGGCUGGCGUGGCGUCUAGCACUGAUGCGUCUACCUUCUCCGAAGUCUGCUGGCCCGAGGACCUUCCAAGACCCAGGCAGCCCGUGGAGGGCCCAGGUGAAUUCAAGGACCCGGACAGGUGCUGCUGGAAACACAAACAGUGCACCGGGCACAUCAUCCACCCCUUCACCCCUGACUGUGGCCACCGUAGCCUGCACCUGCACUCUGUCAGCCACUGCGACUGUGAUUCUAGGGUGAAGGACUGCUCAGAGAAGGCAAACAGCAGCAGCUCCCGAGACGUAGGCCCAACCUGCUCCCGAGAUGUUGGCUCAACAUGUUUAAACAUCAUCCAGUCCCCUUGCUUUGAGCUCAUCCCAGAGGAAGAGUGUGUGCAGCGGUUCUGGUAUGGCUGGUGCAAAAGCUAUAGGCCUGUCUCUGUGGCAGUGAUCCACCAUCCCAUCCACCAUGACUGUGGGGCAGAGGAUCUGAAUGAAGAAGAGGAGGAGGAGGAGGGGGAGGAAGAGGAGGAGGAAGAGGGAAGCAAGCCUCCCAUCCCGACCCAGGUGGGGCCCGCCACCACACCCGCUGACACAGGCAUGGGUGCAGUCACAGGUACCCCGGACUCAGCAGCUCCCAUCACUAUCUGGCGCUCUGAGAGCCCCACAGGGAAGUCCCAGGGCAAUAAAGUGAUCAAGAAGGUAAAGAAGAAAAAAGAAAAAGAGAAAGACAAGGAGGAGGAGACAGAUGAGAAGGCAAAGCUGAAGAAAAAAGCCAAGAAGGGCAAACUGAUUAAGAAGAAAAGCCCAGUUAAAUCGGAAUCUCCACCUCCAGACUUGACCCGAUCAAUAAGCCCAAGAGAGUUGGCCAGGAUGUCAGAGUCCAGCCCAGACAGCCGGGAAGACCUGGAGAGUGAGGACAGUUACAAUGACCCCAGGCGGGAGGAACCCUCCAGCGAGGAUAUUGUGGAGUCUUCAUUGCCCAGGAAGAGAGAGAACACGGCCCAGGCUAAGAAACCCAGGGCGAAGGCCUCACCAGUCAAGAAGGUCAAGAGGAAAUCUCCCCCAGCAUCAAACCCCAAUCUCAGUUGAGGCCAGGGCAUCCAGGGUGAAGAAUAAAUGAGAUCAAGCCUGUAGCUGACCCCCUGCUGCUAUUCUCUCUCCCUCCAACCUGUCACUUCUGUGGGGAGGGUGCGGGUUCUGGACACAGCUGGAGCCGAGGGGUCAGGGGGCUG